UCACAACUGUAGUAUGUCUAUCACCCUCCCUAUUUAAGAAACCAUUUUCUCUGAAAGAGAUCUUAGCCAUAACUGCUCAAACUGGGGAUCCAUGCUCACAGUUAUGAAUUAAAACCCCAUCACCCUAUUUCAUCAUUGAAGAGAGGCUGUUUCCAGUGGACUUAUGACGAUGCGCUGUCAUACCUGGGAGCAGGAGGAGAAAGGCACACGCGGAGACAAUGGAUACAAAGGGAAGUAAGGAAGACAGCAUAUCAACCACCUCCAGGAAAGCUUUCUAAAGUAUUGAAUGUUGUUCAAGUUAUCAUGAAGCUCUGAGGAUCUGGUCAUCGUUUUUGGAAAGAAAUUCAUUGUUCUUCGCUCUGAGUGACUUCAGGAAAGAGCAAGAGCACAUGAUCUCCAACAGCCCCAACUCCACCAUGGGUUUUCCCACAACUAGAAAAUCACAGGAGUUGGCACAGGUGCAGCACAGUGGACAAGGCUUGCUUUAAAAAAUCACCUUGCUGGUCAUGGUCUCUCCCCAACAACUAGAGUUGAAAAGAUGUCACUGAAAGUGGGUAAAAUGAGAAGAAUCCACAGAAAACUGGUAAUUGUUUGGCUGCAAGCAGUGAGUGACUGGGAAAAAAGGAGUGGAGGCAGACUUUUCAAUGAACACACUUGAUAUGAUGAGAGUUUUGAGUCAUGGGGCCAUAGUAGAUUCCAGCAGGAAAACAGAGAUGUGGUACUGGAUCUUUCUCUGGGCUCUCUUCUCCUCCCUGUUUGUCCAUGGUGCUGCGGGGGUGUUGAUGUUUGUGAUGCUGCAGAGGCACAGGCACGGAAGAGUGAUCUCCGUCAUCGCUAUCAGCGUCGGCUUUCUGGCCUCUGUCACCGGAGCGAUGAUUACUAGUGCAGCAGUCGCGGGCAUCUACCGGGUGGCAGGGAAGAACAUGGCCCCUUUGGAAGCGCUGGUGUGGGGCGUGGGGCAGACCGUAUUGACAUUAAUCAUCUCCUUCUCAAGGAUCCUCGCUACACUUUGAGGUUUCAGAGGGAAUGUCUUAUUUCACAUAGGAAAACAGAUGUACAGAUUUCCUGAAAAUGGCAUUGUCAGCAAGCGGAAAUGAAGUUGUGCAAGAAUGAGGCAGGAGCAAGUCAAAGCCUAAGGAAGACCUCACGCUGUGUGAAAGACUGCCCUCUGGUGUUCAAGCGAUUGCACUACCGCCCUGCACCUUACGUGCCUCCCUUCCAGGCAAGGUGCACCUAGACCUUCGUGAAGCUACAAGAAAAAGCACCUUGUUUAGCUGCCAAUCAGGUUAACGUUGGUGUUCAGAUCAUCAUUCUUAACAGUGUUGUAUUGAGCUCCAGGGACGUUCUGAGGAAUUGAUACAUGUGCCAAACUCUUCUCUUUUGUUCACUGAUCAUGUGAUGAUUUGAAGUGUAGCUGUAGAUGAGCGCUGUGAGCAUACUUGACACGAAUCCAGGUAAUGUAGUAAGACUGUUUUGUGAUGCUAAAUCCCACCUGAGUGCUAGACACUGAAUCAGGUCAUGUGAGAGAAAUUACGUGGUUUUUAACGUUGAGCAUCUCUGGGAUUUAGGGCUUUAGUGUGUUUAGGCGUUACUGUUUUUUAACUUAUGUGAAAAAUAAUAGUCUUCUUAAUGGAAGACUAGCUACACUGUUUUAAGGACUCAAAUUAGAUCUAUAGGGUGCAUACUUUUCACUAACUUAACACCCUUUUAAUAUUUCCCUCAUGCAUAAAUAUUGUUUAUAUGAAUUCAAAAAUGUUAUGUUUCACACACUGAUUGUCAUUUGUGUCAUAAAAUAUAAUUUGAAAAUUUUUUCUAAAUUUUAUAAGGGAAAAAAGUCUGGAAUGCAUGUCACAUUCUUUGUCCCUUCUAAAGAAAGCUUUUGCCUUGUAUCUCAUGGAGAAAUAUCUUUAUAAUUAAUAUUGUAGUGGGAUUAUAUCAUACAUCUUGAUCUUUGCAGAACUAUCUCUCAUUCUGGAGUAUUAAUUGUAUUUAAAGAGUGGCCUAAAUUAGGCUCUGGAGGCAGAAGGGUUAUUUUGUAGAUAACUAACCAGUAAGUUAUACGGAAGGAUGAUAAACUGUCUUACUGCAGAUAUGUGGCAGCAUCAUGAUUCUGCUAAUCACUGAGACAUAUAGUAAAUAACUUUAAAAUUUGUCGGUCUUAGCAUAUCAGUACAGCUCAGAGUGUAUAUUCAAAUGAUUCAGUUCGGUUGUUCAGUUCUUGACGUAUGCUGUUCAGUUUUAAGUUUAUUUAGGUUGAGAAGUUAUUAUUUAAGUUUACUAGAAUCUUAUCACACUUACUAAACAUGGAAAUGUCCUUUGUAUAAAACAUUUUAAGAAGUUUUGCUAGGAUACAUAGUUAUGUACAAGAAUAUGAGAAGUACAUAAAACACAGAUGCUGGUUAAAUCAGUCUCCUGUGGGAUAUUUUUGGGGCACUAGUUGCAGUUAUAAAUGUGCUAACUCAAGCAAAGAGCCACUGCACAGAAGUUAAGGACAAUUCAAAAAAUAAUCUGACACCAUAGCCUUUUUUGUUUGACCUGAUUUAAAUUUUUUAAAGUAAGUUUCUUUUAGAUUUCAUGAAACUUCAGACUUAAAUACUAAAUACUUUUUCUCCACCAAAGUGAAUAUAUAAACUUAGUGAGGGUGGUUUGAGGAGGGGAUCCUUUUAGCAGUCUUGAAGCCCAUUUUAGGGAUUUACUAACAUUGCGGCUUGGAAAUUUGUUUUUUAAAAAAUAAGCAAGUGUGUUCUUAGAGAUCCUUGUGGUAAAUCUUAAACUUAAUUCUUUUAUUAUAUAAAAGCCUAUUAUUUUCAUGUGUUGUUUAUAUUCCUAAUGUUUCCUCAAAUUAAACUUAGACAUAACUUUUUCAAGUCAGUUAGAUUUCUCCUUUUCUGAUAGACUUGAACUGUGUUCUUUCUUUACUUUGGCUGUUCUACCAACAAAUGAAAGCAUCUGUGUUCUUCUAGAGGAAUUACUACUGAUAUACAGAAAUUGUUUCAGAUGUACAGACUGAAUAUUUAUUUUAACAUAUGGUUAUUUUUGAUUUAUGAAAGUUACACAGUAAUAUAGAACAUAUGGUUCAUAAUCCAGAAAAUAACUUGGAUGCAUUGAAUAUAUGAAUUAUGGACCAAAGAGAUUUGAACUCGUAUUUUUAGUCUAGGAUGAAAGUAUGACUGAGUGGUUAAUAAUUAGUUUGUAGAGUACCCUGCAGUUAUGCCACUAUCAAGUUGAUUUACAUUAAGAAUUGAGUGUGUUGUAUACUUUGAUAUUUAGGGAGAUAUUUUUGGUUUCUUUGCUGCUCUCAGUUACUUCCAUUGAGAUCUUGUGCAUCUGUCACUGUUUUGAUGUUUGAAAUGUUUUGAAUAGUAUGAAUUUAUCAAUUGUCUUAAUAGCUAUUUAUACUCUGCAUUUUUAAAAGUUAAUGGUUUUCCUGUAGAGAUUAAUGUUUAAUGAUAUAUAUGUACACGUAUAUAUCGUUAUAUACAUAUAUAAAGAGCUAUAUAUGGAUACACUCCAAUUGGAAAGCUUUUGCUUAAUGAACACUUUGAUGUUCUAGUGAAUUUGAUAAAUUUGUUUGGUUGAAUGGUCUUUUAAAUAGAUUUGAAGAUGUUUGAGAUUUUUUUAAUCUAAGGAAAAUUUUCUUGGUGUAGUAGUGUGGGAGACCCUUGUGUGGGGUAUGACAAAAGCCCUUAUUGACAUAAUUGAGGUACACUUUCUUAAAAUUUUUAUGUGAUUUAGCAGUAAAUUUUCUUUGUGACAAGUGCAGAAAGGAAGUGAGGGAAUCCAUUGCAGCUGACACUUGCUUUAAAGUAUUUAUCAAAAUACUGCUGAUAGUGAAAUCAAGUCCCCAAAGGAGGAACUCCUAGAUGCCCAAAAUUACCACAUAACAUCUGGUUAGAAAUGUCAACAGAACAGAGUCAGUCAAGGGAGCCUCAUGUAAGCUACAAACAGUACUUAGAACCUUUAAAAGAAGGAAGUGCAGCUAACCCACCCAUGGCACAGUUGGGUUAGGUGCGGUGGAAAGUUCUGAAUCAUGGCAUAUUCGUUGCAUGCAGUUUGUUAUUUUAGACCCUGAUGUUUACCGAGCAGUGUUAGAGUCUGUUACCCAAUAUGCUACCUUAGUAUUCGCUAUAUACAUUUCAUCUGCUACAUUUCCAAACCCACAAGAGUUGUGUUUGUACUUUAAAUAAGAGAGAGGAAAAAGGAUGAGUUGGCCUGCAUAUUUGCUAUUUGCGAUGCAGGAGCAGGGAUAAUUUCAAAAUCAAAGAAUGUUACUAGAAAUGGUUCUCAGAGCCUCUAAAUAAGCCGAGGAAGGUGGUGUUGCCACUCCCUGUGCCCAUGGCAGCAUCCACAGUGCCAGCUCUUUGUAUAAACACUUCUUGCAGAUCUCCUGUGUGCAAAGUGCUGUACGAAAUGUCUGUUGUUAGAACAAAGAUGACUACAAUGGGAUUCCUGCCCCCGAGUCCACCAAGCGCUGGCAAAGCAAUUUCAGACCCUAAAAAGCUUGAGGCAGCAUUUCACUUCAUGAUUUUGGUUAGCAGUUUGGAUUCUGUCCCCUACUCCUCUUCUGAUUUUUCCCAGUAUAUCUACUGCAUGGAAUUUCACUAGCUAAGAUGCCGUUGCUGUGACACAGUGAGAAUAAUAGAUUCGAGAGGCAUAGGCUGUCACUCACCAACUUUUUUUUUUUGGUACCAGGGAUUGAACUCUGGUUCUUGUGCUUGCAAGGCAGGCGUCAGAAGCUCUGAGCUAAAUCCCCGGCCCAUUCACCAACUUUUUGAUCCAAGCAGUUAUUUAACCUCUCUGAGCUGUAGUUCAUACUCAGUGAAAUUAUUAACACUUUAUAUCAUUAUUUAUGAGAAUUUAUUAACACUUUAUAACAUUAUUAUGAGAAUUAUUUAUGAAUAACAAAGCAAUAUGCAAUUACAAUAAUAAUUAGUAGUCACCAGGAUAUUUUUAAAAUUCUAUUUCACAAUAGCAGUUGACCCUGUUUUGUACAAUCCAUUCUUCUUCCAUUUCCACAUUUUCCAUAUAUAUAUAUUUAUCAUCUAUAUAUAUGAUAUAUAUAUAUAUAUCAUAUAUAUAUAUGAAAAAAACUAAAAAAGUUCUCUGUAAUCUUACUUCUUUCACCUCUUCUCUACCCCUUUAUGUUUAAAAUCAGCCGAUAUUUAUCUAAGAGCAUAUUAGGAAUUGGUGGGGUGGAAGUGGCCAGUGCAAUCAGGCUUAAAUUAUGGCUUCUGGUUAACACUGGUCAUAGUAGGAAGAAUAGAAGUGGCCAGUAUUUACUCCUUUACCAUUUCCUACCUAUUUCCUGGGGAUUAGAUUCACUCAGAACAUUUCUUGGCUCUCUGUUAUAUGCAGAUUAUUGUCUUUGUUUUAGAGAUGGAAAAGUGGGUGCGAUUCACCCUUUCUGCGCCACAAACCCAGCUUUCUCCUGCCAUCUUGGCUCGGGUUCUGCAUUGUGCUGCCCAGUUCUGUUAGAACAUGGAGCUGGGCUUUGAUGUCUUUUGUACUUCCCAUGGACGAGGCCUGUUGGUGGCCUGGUGGUGGUGUUUUGUUUUGUUUUGUUUUUUAACCCAAAAGGCAAUGCUGUUAUUUAAAAAUCGAUAUCCAUUUUAUAAUUCAGGAAGUAACAAGAUGCUCAGAGCACUUUCUAAAGUAGUCAUAGACUACUACUUUUUUGCUAAAUAUUUUCUCCCAGAAAGCCUCAAACAGAAUCUCUUCAAAAAUAGUUUUUAGGAUAUGAGGAACAUGAAAAGUUACUGAAGGAAUUAGUAUUAGAAUUAGAGCACAGAGAAUUUGGCGUAUAUGUUGGAUAACUGAGUAAAUUAUUGUUUCUUUUAAUAAUCAGGAAUGAGACUCUGAUUAAAAA